CGCUCGUCGCUGUCCUACCGUCUUACCUCUAUACUCUGCAACAUACAGUCUAUAUCAGAAUAUGUCCGGGAAACGCAAGCGCACCGAAUCCUCGAAAGGACUGAGUCGUGCGGACUCCCUGCUAGCCCAGCUGGACGCACUGUCCGGUCCUUCCUCCCAGCCGAGCCCGGUCAGGACACCUGCAGCGAAACGCCAGAAAGUUGCCCCAUUCCCCUCCGAAACUACUCAGCCCAGUGCGAAAGCUGGACACUCCACGGCCGUGUCUUCACGGCCUGGAAUAAAGGCACCAUCGUCGACAGCUAGCCCCUUGACUCAAGCGGGACUGUCGCAGGCCGGUCCCUCAACUUUGAAGCCAUCAUCCUCCCCCGUCAAGGGAAAGAAGAAAAAGACCGAGGAGAAACGUCCAGGACGUUAUCGCUCGAGAUGCCCCGUUGCCAUCUUGGAGAGGUUGGAAAGGGUGAUGUCUCAAAGGUUCUACAUGGUAGACCGACGUCGAAAUGAUGGUGAACUCAGGGAGAAGUUCAGCGUGCUGGGCUCGACGGGGAAUGUUUACACUGUCACUAUCGGUCCGAAACCGUCAUGCGACUGUCCCGACGCUCUGAAGGGGAAUCAUUGCAAACACAUAAUAUUCGUCUUCAUCAAAGUCCUUCAGGUCCCGCAAUCGUCUGAGCUGUGGUAUCAGUCCGGCCUCCUCAGCAGUGAACUCGAGUCCAUCUUCAACAACGCGCCGACCGCUCCUCGUGCAUCAGCGAAGCAUAUUCAGGACGCCUACGAUCGUGCUACAGGCAAGGUCAAGAAGCAGGCCGAGAGCGCGCCAGCUACGAACAAGAUGCCCGAAGAGGGCGACGACUGCGCGAUCUGCUACGACGGCAUGCACGGCCAAGCCGCAAGUGCGCUCGUAUGGUGUCACGUCUGCAAGAACGCGCUGCACAAGGAGUGCUUCAACCAGUACAAGAGCUCGGAGAUGGGCCGCGGCAAGCGUUCGGUCAACUGCGUGUACUGCCGCUCCGAGUGGCCGACGUCGUCGCCGGCGGGUGGGAGUGGAGGUGCGAGGCGGACUUUCGAGGGGUACCUCAAUCUCGCCGAUGCGGUCGACCUCUCUCUGACCGCACGUCAGACUACCAAGGCCCGACCCGAAGCUCAGGACGCUCGGCUGGGUAUGGUCGAUGCUAUUAUGGGGCUGGCCGGAGAUAUUACUGACGAAUGA